AUGAGCAUGAUGGUGGAUGUCAUGCGCCGAGCUGGGAUUAAAGUCACCGUUGCAGGCUUGGCUGGGAAAGACCCUGUGCAGUGUAGCCGUGAUGUAAUGAUUUGUCCUGAUGCCAGUCUUGAAGAUGCAAAAAAGCAGGGACCGUACAAUGUGGUGGUUCUUCCAGGAGGCAAUCUGGGUGCACAGAAUUUAUCCGAGUCGCCUGUAGUGAAGGAGAUUCUGAAGGAGCAGGAGAGCAGGAAGGGGCUCAUAGCUGCCAUCUGUGCAGGUCCUACAGCUCUGCUGGCUCAUGAAAUUGGUUUUGGAAGCAAGGUCACAACACACACAGGGGCUAAGGACAAGAUGCUGAAUGGAAGUCACUACAACUACUCAGAGAGCCUCGUGGAAAGGGAUGGCCUGAUCCUCACCAGCCGAGGGCCGGGGACUAGCUUCGAGUUCGCACUGGCCAUUGUGGAGGCGCUCAGCGGCAAGGAGGUGGCUGACCAAGCAUAA